AUGACGGAGCCCAAGGAAGUGACCGUGGACAAGGCAGAGCCAGGACACGUAGUGAGUGCUGGGCCACGCGUGGAUCAACCUCGUCGUGUAUAUUCGUCGAUUGCGCAACCAACAUACCUUACUCCUCACUGGACACUCUUAGGGAUGGCAGUCGGCCAGUUCGAGGCCGUUUAUGGCAAUACCGUUCUCGUCCCACUCCUCAUUCCCACCCCCAAUUUCGAUAAGGAUUUUCUAGGAAUCCCAGGUCAAGGACCUGACAGAGGCCCAACCCACAUGGGUAUUUUGAGUAAGCUUAAGAGCACUUUGUCCCAUGAUGCUAUGGCAAAGGGUAAGGGCAAGGAAGGGCAGACACCAUUUAGGCUAGAAAGUGCAAAGAUGGUGGUGCUUAAAGAAUCUGGAGGUUGUCAACCCAUAUAUAAAGAUGCUGACGAGGUUGUUACAUUUAAGUUUUUCCAUGGAGGUAAACUAGUUAAAAAUGGGUCAAGUGACAGUGAAUGGUCGUAUUUGGGUGGUGAAAUUUGGGAUAUGACAAUGGGUAUGAUGUGUGUUGAUGCUCUUUUUGGGAGGGUCAACUUAGAUAGAGAUGGAAUGGUAGAUGUUGGGUGA